AUGUCCUCUCAGAUAUUGCAGGCAGAGCUCUCGAAUCUGAUACAGGAGUCAAAGCGCAAAUACUCUGAUUUGAGAAAUGCUGCCGAACAAUCACUAAAUGACUUGAAGGCGUUGCCUUCAACAUCGGAGGCACAGAUAACAGCGGAUCUCAUACGGCGUCCGCACUUUGUCACUCCGUUCAUACUUGCUUGCCAGACACGGCAGUCCAAACUCGCAUCAAUCGGAGUUGUUUGCCUGCAAAGACUCGCAACAUCGCAUGCGAUUUCACCUCAUCGGCUUAAUGAUACUUUGUCUGCCUUGCGCGACAUCACAGGGCUAGGCCAGGAUGUACAGCUCAAGAUCCUCCAGACCUUACCGGCCUUGCUACAGAACUACUCUGAUGAUCUGAGCGGAGAACUUCUUGCCCAUGUUCUGGAAGUAUGUGCCACGUUGCAAGCCAGCAAAGUCGCUGCCGUUUCAAAUACGGCAGCUGCAACCUUGCAGCAACUCGUUAGUUCGGCAUAUGAAAAGGUCUCGGUUGAAGAUGGCAUUAUACAGAAUGCAGUUACGGUUCAAACGCAAGUCGGAGGAUCGACUAUCGAUAUCGGGGUGGCUGCGUACGAUGCUCUCCGGAUUUUGAGUGAUCUAUGUCGCGCAGUUGAGGGCGAAAAGCUGGAAUUCCUGCACAUCAAGGCUCUUCCACCCAAUUUCGUCCUCGAGCUCAUUGAAAGCAUCUUAGUCAAUAACAUAAAGCUCUUUCGGAAUCACCCCGAGCAGAUGCAGUUGCUUCAAACUCGCCUCCUACCAAUGACAGUCAAGCACCUUUCAGAAAGACAUAAUUUUGCCCAAACUUUACGGGUUACCCGAAUACUACUGGUGCUUUUGCGUCAUUUCAUGAGCCUACUGCAGGAUGAAUGUGAAAUGGCACUUGGACUCUUGAUUCACCUGCUGGAACCCGAGGCGUCAUCGGAAUGGAAGAGGGUACUUUGCAUGGAGGUCUUUCGCAGCUUGCAUUCAGAGCCUAGCUUGAUCCGGCUGAUUUACACAUUGUUUGACGCAACUCAAGGAAGAAAGGAUAUAGUAAAAGAUCAUAUGACCGCCUUGUUCAAAAUAGCGUCAGAAAACCCGUCUCUCAUCGGCGUCAGUUAUCAGUCUACCGUACCACAAGAUGCUUCGCAGUCUCGAUCCAACACCGAUGAUCAAAUUACGCUCGAUGCUGGAGGCGUUGCUGGGGUCAUUGCCGCUCCGGUAAAUUCGGCGGAUGAGAGUGUGACGGGAAUCAGCAGCCAAUGGAGUACGGUUCGCACCCCGUACCUCGAACUCCUUGAUAAAUCAGAGCCGCCUCCUCCUCCGGAAACAUAUAUCUAUAGUCUGGUUUUGAAUUGUCUGGGCGCAUUCGCCGAAGGUCUCGCUAGGUUCAUUAUUCCGUUAACAGUAACAGAGUCAAAAAGCAAGCGCAGGAAAAGGAUGGCAAUGAAUGAUCGGGAACAAGGUUUGAAUGAUCUGCAAAGGUCAGACUCGACGAAAUCAAAUGGAUCUGAAACUAGAAGACAAACAGUACCCCUCAAUCCAUUGGAGCUUCGAGAUCACCCCCAAAGUUCCGCAAUUACAUCUAGUGCUGGAAUCAUCGAAUCAUGCUGGCCAGUUAUUCUGAGCACAUGCUCCAUUUUUUUCUACGCCGCAUUAGACGCAGAUUUCUAUCACAAUCUCGUACGAUCCUUCCAGAAAUUGACACAUGUCGCCGGUCUCCUUCGUCAAUCUGUGGCGCGAGACGCAUUUCUAUCUACCCUCGGAAAGGCUACUCUCCCUGCAGAGGAUGCGAUCAUGAGUACAAACACUCCCGAAGCCCGACGAUCGAUGAACCCAGAUGCCGGGAUUGAGCAGUCCCUAAGUGCGCAUUUUGACACACCCAAAGCGUCAUUCGAAGCCGCAAGAGCCUCAUUGAGCACCAGGAACCUUCUCUGCCUUCGGGCUUUGUUAAAUCUGGGAAUCGCUCUGGGACCGACGCUAGAUCGGACUGCAUGGUCUAUACUUCUUGAGACUUUGCAAAAUGCCGACCUAGUAAUCAACUCCCACGUGACGGCUUCUGCUAAACAGACACCAGUUAUCGGAAACGGAGAGCAGACCGCACAAAGCGGUGCCGAUAUUCCCAGAGCUAAUAUUGGAAAUGAAAUACUUGCUGUCUCGACUGCUGCAUCGAAGAUGUUUGAGAGUACUGCAGAUUAUCCGGACACGUCCUUUCGGUCAAUACUUGAGGCACUUCUAGGUUUGUUGUCCGCUAAGGGGCGAGGAGUGCUGCCGACAGCUGUAUCCCCUACGAAACCCGCGAUCAAUCAGUCUUUUGCAAAUUCAAGAAUCCUGGAUGACGAGAUGAAUAUCGUGCUAGACCGGACUAAGGAACUCUGCGAAGCGAAUAUUGAACGCCUAUCAGUAGUAAGUCAGGAUGAAGAUAUUGCGUGGAAUAACUUGAACACGAACCUGCAAUCGAUCAUAACAAGUGAUACAAAUAGCCGAAGUCUUCGGUUGAAAGCGAGCAGUAUUCUUAACUACGUUAUACUCCAGACGAUGAAACAUGGAUGGUUCGAAGACGAUUCUCGAAACAGUCUACAACUUCGGAAUUUGCAGUCGCUACAAUCGCAGAUUACGUCUUUAUAUGAGCAACGCGACAGACUUACCAGCAUAGAUGCGGAGGCUCAUGGGCUGGCCCUGGACACACUCAAGAUCAUGCUUGAACAAUAUGGCGAGGCUUUUACAUCUGGCUGGGAUUUGAUCUUUGAGUUAAUCUCUAGUGUCUUUGAGAAGCCCAGUCUACAGAAUGAGAAUGAACCAAACGAGACACUUUCAUCCAGAAAAUCUGUGUCAAAGGCUCGAGACUGUAAGGCAAGGUCUCCACGUCUGGUCCGCGCGGCUUAUGCUUCGUUGCAACUCAUUGCGUCCGACUUUCUCACUUUACUUCCACCGUCAUGCCUCCUUGAAUUGGUCGAUUCAUUGUCUUUUUUUGCAUCACAAGACCAGGAUUUCAACAUUUCGUUGACCACCACCACCUUUUUCUGGAAUGUAUCGGACUUUCUCCAGAGCCAAGUCGGCGCAUUUUCGAUUGACGAGUCUAUGGAUAUUUCCAUAAGCGAAGAGUCGCUCGCAGGAUUAGCCGAUGAUGCUGACAUAUCUACAUCGAGAGGAGCGUUGUGGUUACUGUUACUUCUCCGCAUUGUCGAUCUCACUACAGAUAACAGGUCCGGCAUCCGCAAUAGCGCAAUCCAUACUCUCCUCAGGAUCUUAGAUGCAUAUGGCCCACAGCUCACCUCUAAAGCAUGGCAUCUUUGUUUGAAUCGAGUAUUGUUUGUCAUGAUAUUUGACAUUCAAAAGCGAGUAGUUGAAAUCGAACGAUCUGCUACUGAAGGGUCAAAUGCUGCGAAAGAAUGGAUUGAAACAUCCGUUGUUCUCAUCAAAGGUUGCGCUGACCUUAUCGCGACAUUCUUUGACACGAUUAUUCAAGACCCACGAUUCGUUGACUCCUGGAAACGCUUACUCGAAUCUUUCCAGGAACUAGUCCGAGUUAACAACUAUGGGAUCAAAGAGGCAAUAUUCGCCAGUACCUGUGAUAUAAUCAAGCAUGCAAAGCCUUCUGGUGAAUUCAGCAAAGAGGCUGUUCACUGCGCCUGGCUUCUAUGGAAAAACAAUCAUUUGGCUCCUGAAGGCGUCCCUUUAAAUCUGGACGAGCCGAAUCAGGACGCGCUCAUUGCUUACUUUCGAUUUUUCCAACAAAUAUACCGGUUAUACAGGGAUGAGUUGUCAGAGGAACCUGUUACACAAAUUUUGCAUCACAUGCGAACAGCGAUCUGGAACGCAGUGGUUUCGAGAUAUUCGGUUGAUAUUGAUCACCAGUCAACUUUGCAGGAAUUAGUCCUCGAUUGCAUGAAAACUCUUUGCUUGGAUAAAGACGAAUCACAAUCUGACAUUGUGAUGUGUUUAGCAGAUUUCAGUGAUGCUGCGCUGACUCAGUGGUCAACGGAUAGAGACAAGAGCCGACCCUCAUAUGUAGCAUUCUCCAAGAACUCGACUAAUCUUCUUAGCUGGUACAUUUCCGAACAUGGCAUCAAGGCGGACAUCUUUUCCGACGGAGCAUUGACGGCGGCACUUCAACAUCUGGCCCAUCCUAUUAGUUGCAAGUACGAAUGGCGUGGCAAAGACCGUGAGCAACUGAUCUGGCAAAAAGCAACGACAGCCGCUGUGAAAAUCGUUCGUGUUGCCGUGCCGUAUGUGGAGAGCAAGUAUAGUGUGGCUGAAAACUCCAGCAUCGUUUCAUUUUGGUCUACUGUCAUUGAUAUCACUCGAGGGAUAAUUUCUGCAGACAACUACAAUGACUUUGGCAUACCGGCUUCUCGGAUCGCAGCCGAUGAAGAAUUCGACAUUGAGGCUUUUGAGUCACUUGUACCGCUCCUCAUCCCGUCCUUGGGAGCAAGCAAUAUCCCUGACAGUAUUCGAAGAGACUUUGCGUGCUCUUUAUUUCGAUCUUCGCUUAUCUAUCUCCCUCAACCAAUGGACAGACCCAUGGAAACUCUACUCGAAAACCCACUUCAUGACCUGUACAAAAUUCGUCGUGGCAGAACAUACGAUCCAUCACCCACGGCAAGAUCACGCAUGGCAUAUGUACUCAUCGACACGAUGUUCACGCUCGCCCAGGCAUCGUCACUUUCGUUCCCGGCAAAUGACAACGACCAGAUGGUAGCUUCAAACACCACAUCUCGUAUCGCUAUUGCACGCUCAAUCCUACCUUAUCUGAUACUUCGAUCUUUUCUCCCCCUAAAAUCCUACAUCGCCGAUCAACCCUUGCGCGGAUUACAGCCACAACCAGCACCGGCACAUCGCGAGUUGGUGCGUAUACUCGACCGUCUAUUCACUCUACAAAGCGAGCCUGCAGCCAUACCUGAUGCACCGUGUGGCAUCGCUUCGUCGUCUCAAUCACCAUUCUCCGCCAGUGGUAGUAACCCCAAAUCUAGCUUCGUGUCAGCAAAAGCGAAUGGUCAUGAGUCCCGGUUGGUAUAUAGUAAACAUCUUGGAUGGGUAUACCCUCUGAUCGUGAAAUGUGUCCGGAUCGCUGGGAAACAGAAACGGUGUGGGAAUGAUGAUGUCGUGGUAUUGCAUCAUUUGACUAGAAUUUUGGAUGCUGUGUGUGAGAAUGACGAUGGAGAUGAAGUUUGA